AUGGCGCUUCUCCUGGCCCUUUCCUCUCUCCUCCUUCUGGUCAGUCCCGCUCUGGCCCAGAGCCCGGACAUGUCCUACGAAGACUACAUGGCCCAGGUACAGGCCUGUCCCAAAGAGUGCCGCUGCCCGCCCAGCUUCCCCAACGCCGUCUACUGCGACAACAAGGCGCUGAAGCGCAUCCCCACCAUCCCCCCACACACCUGGUAUCUGUACCUGCAGAACAACCUCAUCGACGUGCUGUCAACAGACGCAUUCCGCAACGCCACGCAGCUCCGCUGGAUCAACCUAAACCGUAACCGCAUCACCAGCGAGGGAAUGGAAGAGGGUGCCCUGGCCUCCAUGCCCCGCCUGGUUCACCUCUACAUGGAUGACAACCUGCUGAGCUCUGUCCCAGCCAACCUGCCCUCCAGCCUGGAGCAGCUGCGCCUCUCCCGCAACCGCAUCUCCAAGAUCCCCGCCGGGGUGUUCUCAGGUCUGGAUCGGCUGACACUGCUGGAACUGCAGGGGAACAAGCUCCAGGAUGACGCGGUGACCGAGGUGAGCCUGAAGGGCCUGAGCAACCUGGUCCAGAUUAACCUGGCCAAGAACCAGCUGACCACCAUGCCCCUGGGCCUCCCCAUCACCCUCACCCAGCUCUUCCUGGACAACAACGCCAUUGAGAAGAUCCCCGCCGACUACUUCAAGGGUCUGCCCAAGGUGGCCUUCCUCAGGCUCAACCGCAACAAGCUGGGAAACGAUGGGUUGCCCAAGAACGUGUUCAACAUCUCCAGCAUCCUGGACCUGCAGUUGUCCCAUAACCAGUUAACUCAGGUUCCUAUCAUCCCCUCAGGCCUGGAACACCUCCACCUGGACCACAACCAGAUCAAGAGUACGUUUUUGACACUGUUCUAGUUUCAUUGAUACAUUGACUGACUGCCUGGAUGGUUAACUGAUGAUUGGUUUAAAAUCCAGAUAAUUGUAUUAUUAUAAUCAGUGUAAAUUGUCUUUGAUGAGUUGGAGUACUGUUUUGCUAAGAUGGUGUAUUUGCAAUUGCAGAUGUAAAUGGAUCUGAUAUCUGCCCUGUGUCAGCUGAUGCUCUGGAGGACUAUGCCACUGAGACCGCUCCUAAACUUCGCUACCUCCGUCUCGAUGGCAAUGAGAUCAAGCCACCAAUCCCCAGAGACCUUAUGGUGUGCUUCCGUCUCCUCAGGUCCAUUGUCAUAUAA